AUUCCAUCCGUUCUAUCAUCUUGUAAUCUUUGUGCCGGUCACUUCUCUUCUAACAACUCCUAUUACAAUACACUUGCAAUCCUGUUAACCAGUAAACAUGCGUUGCACAGCCUUCAUCGCCGUUGCUGCUUUCUCCAGCGCAGUCUUCGCUGCUGCCAACCCUCAAGAUGACGUUGCGUCCAUCCUCGAGGCUCUUCGUGCGAACAACCCGGAAGACGCCGAUGCCGCUGCUGCGGCCAUGAAGGUCAAGCUCCGCCGUCAGGACGAUUUGGACUCUAUCCUCGCCGCCCUGGAGGCCAAUAACCCCGACGAUGCUGCCGCUGCUAAGCAGGCUUCGUCUUCAUCUGCCACCAAGCGCCAGGACGACUUGGCUUCCAUUUUGGCCGCACUUGAGGCCAAUAACCCUGACGACGCCGCGGCCGCUAAGCAGGCUGCACCAUCCUCCACUGCCACCUCCACUCCUGUUUCUAAGCGUCAGGACGAUGUGGCUUCCAUCCUCGCAGCACUCGAGCAAAACAGCCCCGACGAUGCCGCGGCUGCGCGCCAGAACAUCCAGAAGCGUCAAGACGACGUUGCAUCUAUUCUUGCAGCACUCGCACAGAACAACCCCGAUGAUGCCCAGGCAGCUCAGAGCCUUGGAAAGCGAUGGAUUGCUUAGAUGAAGAGGGUCUCGAUGGCAAGGUGAUGAGCGGGUGCAGCAAUUUGAUUCGGAAGGUAAUAGUUGGGUGUACAUAGUUUAGUGCUUUUGACUGACUCUAUAUGAUAAGAAACCUCCAGGCA